CGUUCCCCGCGGUCGUGCGUCCGUUCGCUCGCGUCCACGUGAACACAACAUCAUUCAGCAAUGUGAUUCAUUAAUUAUUAGAUAAAAAUCGUAUUAAAUCCGUGUGGUGGUUGCCGAGAGUCCAAUUAAAAUCCCAAAACCAAAAUAAACAAUCCAAACGUGGUCGUCUUGUAACAUUUAAAUAUUUUAAAACUGUGCGUUGGCGUUGUAGACGCGGCGCUCAACAUGUGAGGUUAAAGCAGACAAACAGACGACUGCAACAACUGUUAAUAACUAAUUCGAGCAGUGACUAAAGUAAUAAACAAUUAAAGCCGAGUGUAGAGCAGAGUGCUCUUUUAAGAUUGAUUGCACAAACUAAUUGUAAUGGAUUCACGUAUGCUGAAUGUGUUUCACGAGGAUCCCUUCGAGGGUAACUUUGUCAAGUAUGAUCCAGAACCGAAUUUCUGGUCCGCCAAUGAUGAUUUGCAGCUCACUGACACGCUGAAUGGCAUUUUGCCCAUUGCGCCCACAGAUGAAUCGCUGCUUGGUCAAAAGGAGUCCGAUGAGCAGCUGCAAAACAACAAGAACUUGCUCAUCUACAGCGACUUUGUCGAUCAGCAUUUGAGCGACGAUGCGAAUGUGCUGAAUGGUCAGGUUUACAGACACAUCUCGGGCAGCGAGGUUGAGGCUGCCUACGAGCAACAGCGUCAGCUGAGCGCAUUGAUUAACUCCGAUGAUGAUGAUGAGGAUGACGAAGAAGAUGUGGCUGGCGAUGAAGUGCAGAGCCAGUGCAGCAAUUCAACAUUUCGCACACGCACUGACAGCUCCUCGAUUGGCGAUUACGAAUCGCACUCGAGCGACUACGAUGACGAUGUGCCCGAUGAGCCGAUGAGUUCCUUAGGUGAUGCUGGACAUCUGCUGACGGCAGAUAUGUUUGCCUUGCAGGAUGAGCGCAAGAAUCGCACGUUGAGCACGAAUACAAUUGGCUCAGAUGCCGAUGCCCUGGGACUGAACAUCGAUGUGAACAACUUUGAUUUGGCCGACUUUAUCACAAAGGAUGAUUUCGCCGACAAUCUCAGCUCACUGCGCGCGAAGCAGGCUGUGAAAACGAUGGAGCAAAGCCCAGCACCCAUCGCAGCAGUGGCUCCAGUUGCUGCUGUCCCAUUACCAAUUGCAGCGCCAGUCAAAGCAAAGGCGGCAACAACACCAGCUGUGAAAGCGGUCACAGCGCUGCCAAAGCCUGUGAUUAUCUCGUCGAAGAGUCGUGACUCUGAUUACGACUCGGAUUCCAUCAUUGAUGUGGAGACUGUCGAUGUCAUCGAUGUGGAUGAAUCGUUGUGGGUGGCCAAACAACAAACGGCGGGCGAAGCUGUUGUUCCCGCUGACGAUUUGUGCUAUGUGGACAAUGUGAAGGCCGAUCCAUCGUGGAGUCCCAAGCAGCCGAAACAGCGGAUUGUCUCUGCCGAGCACAAGGCGGCGUCAAGUCAAACGGCAGCCAAGACAGCUCCAGUUGCAGCCGUGGCAGCAGAAGUGGCACCAACAGCAGCAGCAGCUAGUGCAGCCAGUGCAGCGAAGCCAAAGACCAGCAACAACAUUUGCCUGGUGCCCAACAAGAAGCAGUGCGAUUUUCUCAAGCGCAAGGUGGGCGGCAAGGCAGCUGUCAGCACAGCGACGAGCGGCAAGUCGAAGGCAGCGGCCAAGAAGGCGCAAGAGGCUAACCACAAGAGCGCAGCUGCUUGCAAGCAGCUCAUCAGCACUGGACUCGGUCUAGGAGGCAAGAAUCUUGCUCUGCUGAAGCAUGAACGCGAUGCGGCUGUUGCGUUGUUGCCCACUGCGGAAGUUGCAGCGUCUCCAACGCCUGUGUCGGUGCCUGCGCCUAAGCGUAAGCUGAAUCUGGAAGAGUACAAGCAGCGCAAGAGUGGCGGCGGAGUUGCAGCCACAUCCGCAAGACAGCAGACACCCGUGCCUGCCAAGCAGCCCAAGCUGGAGGCAAGCAAGGUGGCGGUGGUGGCGCCGCCAAUGCCGGUGCAGAAGACGCAACCAUCGCCGCAAAAGGCAGCCAUCUGCAGCAUUGUGAACAGUCUGAAGAGCCCGACGAGUCAGGCAGCAGCUCCGCCCACCGAUCCCAUAACGGUGGCCAAAAACAAAGUGCUACGCAUGCUGGAGAUGAAGCGUGCGCAGCAGCUGAAGAUUAUCGAUUCGCGGGUGUCGGCGAAGGUGCCGCGCGUGACAAAGUUGCCGCCGCUUAAGGAUAUUGUUAAGGACACGUACUGCAUGGAGACUGAGCCAGAGCCGGAGACGCAGGCAGCAGCUGCUGCGAAUAGCAAACUGCAUGCUGACUACGAGGAGAUCAUCAUUGUGUCGGCCAGCUGCAACACAGACAUUACGAUACCGCCGCAUCAGGCGAGCGUGGCACUCAGGGACAACAAGACAACGACGCCCUCGUCACGCUCACUGCUCAAGUCUUCGGUGUUGCUGUACAACAUGUCGCACAGCAGCGAGGCGGGCAAGGAUAUGACAAACUCCUUGAUUGCCAGCAUACAGAGCGAGGUUGUGAGACAAACGAAUUGCGUGGCUCUGGCCGCAACAUCAGCAGCAGGAGCAGAGGCAACAACGGGAGCAGCGACAGCGACGCAGGCGGAUAAGAAUGCACAGCAUGGCGAGGAUAAGGUCAUCAUGCAUCUGGCCAAGAAUCGUGUGCGGAAACGCAUGGUCUCCAUGGGCACUCAGACAGAUCUGCAACCCGAAUUUCCGCUCCUCACGUUGCCCACAGCGCGUCAGUCGCGUGAACGCACGCGUCGCAGUUAUCGCAAGCGUCGCGUCGAUGGCUCGAAUGGCAGCUCGAGUGGCUCCUCAACCUCGUCCUCGAGCAGCAGCAUGGCCUCGUAUCGCUCUCGCUCCAAUUCCAACUCAACAGAGCGACUGCGCCACUCGGAUGCGACUGCCGCAUGCAGCGUAGGAGGAAGCAUCAAUGGCGGUGGUUAUUCAUCGCGUAGCACACGGCGUCAUCGCAGCUCGGUGAGUUCCUCAUCCUACUCGGAGUCGGGCAAGUACGAACGGCAGCAGCGACAACGUCGCACCAGCUACAACAAACGCCGCUCGAAAAAUCUAACGCGCGACAAUUGUUCCACCUCGGGAUCUGAGUUUAGCGAUCGCGAGCGCAGUCGCAGUCCGUUGCGACGCUCGCGUUCGCCAACUGUCAACAACAGCAGCAACAGCAACAACAAUCGACGUGGUUACGUGGACCGCAAUGUGUCGCAACCAGCGGUGGAGGAACGUCGCAUUGUCUACGUGGGACGCAUUGAACAGGAGACCACAAAGGAGAUGCUGCGUCGCAAAUUUCUGCCCUACGGCAGCAUCAAACAGAUAACGAUACACUACAAGGAGAAUGGCAUGAAGUAUGGCUUUGUGACCUUUGAACGUGCGCAGGACGCAUUCACAGCCAUCGACACAAGCCCUCGGGAUGCGCAAAUCAACAUGUAUGACAUUAGUUUCGGGGGCAGACGCGCCUUCUGUCGCGCAUCGUACGCCGACUUGGACAAUGCCGGCAUCAAUAAUUACCAUUCGUACGUGUUUCCCAAGGCAGCGCCGGCUGCUGCGCCGCAGGAGGAUUCAUUUGAGGCGCUGUUGCUGAAAGUUAAAGCGAAACUGAAUGCAGGCAAGCCUGGAGCAGCAGCGGGAGAAGAAGCAGCUCCAUCAACAACAACAGUUGCUGGAGACAACAGCAACAACGGUCAAAUUUGACAUCUUUACUGCAGUCAGCUUAUCGCUGUAUUUCAAUAUUUAUGAUUUGCCAACUGAAUUUUGAGUUUAUACCAAGAAUCGCAACACUUUUUUUAUACGUAGCACAUAAAUAGACAUUUAGACCAUGAAGUUUCUACCCGUACAACCGAAAGCCUGAUUAUCUUUUUAUAUAACGUUUUUCAUAAUUUAUUACCUAUUAACUAUACAAAAUAGUUGACAAUAGAAUCGCAUCCAACAAAAAUCCCAAAAAUCAUCGACAAGCAGCGAAUUGAAUUAACAAAACCCAAACAAACACAUAGAGAUACUAAAUAGAAAUACAAAACAAAACAAAACAAAAAAAGAAAACAUUUAUGGAAAUUAACAAAUGAAAUUGUGAUAAACGCGUAAUGCAUACAAAGUCAUUGAUAAUUGCAUGUAAGUAAGAACGUCACGAAGAAGUUGUAAGAAUUGUAAAAACAAAAGCAAAGAGAAAAAAGGAAACGUUGAUGCAACACUGAACACUGAAGUUUAUAGCCAUAACGUAACAACCGAAGCAGAAGCAGAGGCAGAGACAGCUACAUAGACAAAAACAAAAACAGACAAAUAGCAACAAAUUAAAUACUACUUACUACUGUGUAACACAAGUAUGAAUGAAUUAAUGAAUUAAUCCAUGCACCAUCUAUAGGAAAUAUAUGAUGAUUAUAUAUAUGGAAAGUAGCGUGUACUGUAUCAGAGCUAUUUCAUGUAUUAUCUGUAUAGUGUACUAUAUAGAAAGAGGGCAAAGGCACGCGCAUGCUGCAUGCGACGGUCACAAAUUAAACUGUUGAUAACUAAACUUUGAUAUUAGUUUGUAAAAUGUACGUACAUAAUGUAAUCUUAAUUUACUGCAUAUGGUUUUUUUAUUGUAAAGCAAUCAAUCCACCAAUCUAUCAACCAAUCAAUCAAUCAAUCAACCAACCAUCAAUUAGGCAUCGCGUUUAAUUAUCAAAAUUGUAAAACAAUAGCGACUUCCCAUUCAUUUUCAAUAUAUAACUUAGUUUUUACUUGCUUUAUGUACUUUUCAAAAAUUUAAGGGGAGCUUAAGAAUACAUUUCUAAAUACUACUUACUAUCGUAUAUAAAUUAGAUUGAAUCCUUCCUCAGCCUUAUGCCAUUUAAUACAUUAAAUGCUCCCUUUGUUUAUUUAGUUAAUUGCUAAAAAGAAAAAAAAACUCCCUAAAUGCAAAAGCAAUUUUUGUUAAACAUUAAGCAAAACUCUUAAAAAAAAAAGUUGAGAAGCAACUAUUUUCAUAUUAUAACAUAGCCUGAUAGCUAUGGCUAUGCAAUUGUUUUAAGUUUUUGUACUGCUCUUUGAAUAAUUUAAUAAAUGCGCUAGUUUCAGCAAAUUGAAAUAAAAA